UAAAGUUCCAUAACAAUAUAACAAAUGUAAAAUAUAUUUAUAUAAUGUAUUUAAGAUUUAAUUUCAUUGAAAGUAAAAAAAUUAUAGAUAAUAUUAAUUAAAAUAUUCGUACACUCAACUGCAACAGCGGUUUCCGCCUGUUGAUAAAAAUGUAUAUUCUAAUCAGUUCUGAUUCUUAACCACACACCAAAAAGAACAGAAUAUUAUACACAAAAAAAGGUAAUAAAUAAAAUUUAAUAAUAACAACACCCCUUUUUAUUUCAUAACCGUUUUUGUAUGGUAAAAACUAAAAUCAUAUUUGUGGAAUAAUUAUUGUCGAGUAAUGCCUUAUUAAUCACUUAUUAGUGAUAAUAAAAUAAUUUAAAUCUAAUUUCUUAUCAUAGAUACAUAAGUAAUGAGAUUUUUCAAAUGUGGGUAUAUAAAGUGUGGGAAAGUACAUUAGACGUGGAAAAAGUAGGGUUCCAAAAUAAACACAAACGUUGUAUGUUCUCAAUGAAGUGCCUUAUAUUAUUAACUGCGCUUAUAAGCGCAAUAUCAGCCAAACCAUUUUUUAUAGUGGAUGAAGAAUGCAAAGGGUAUAACGCGUGCGUUCCAAUUGAUCUAAACAAAAUCAAUGUACACUUAAUCCCACAUUCCCAUGACGAUGUAGGUUGGUUAAGUACUGUGGAUCAAUAUUUCUUUAAUCAGGUUGAAACUAUCAUAAGUUCCGUUAUUGGUGGUCUCCUACAAAAUGAGGAAAGAAGAUUCAUUCAAGUCGAAACCGCUUACUUCAAAAAGUGGUGGGUAGAACAACCUCAACUCACCAAAGACCUCGUAAGACAACUUACCAAUGAAGGAAGGUUGGAAUUCAUUGGAGGCGGUUGGAGUAUGAACGAUGAAGCAGCUGCCCACUACAUGUCUACCAUCGAUCAGUUCACUCUUGGUCUCAGAUAUUUGGUUGACAAUGUGGGAAAAUGUGCAAAACCCAAAAUCGGUUGGCAAAUUGAUCCUUUCGGUCACAGUCGAGAACAAGCGUCCAUAUUCUCUCAGUUGGGGUAUGACGGGUUUUACUUUGCAAGGUUGGACUACAGGGAUAGAGAUAAAAGGAAGAGAGAAGGAAAUAUGGAUUUGCUGUGGACUGGAAGUGCCAACUUGGGAAGUGACUCAAAUAUCUUUACAUCUGCAUUCGAGAACCAUUAUAGUGCUCCCAAUGGUUUUUGCUUUGACAUUCGUUGCGGCGAUGAAAUGAUCGUCAAUGAUGAAGAAAGUCCAGAGUACAACUUGGAAGAAAAAGUCAAUAAAUUUGUAGAAACUAUUAAAGGAGUCAAAGACCAUUACCCUACUGAUAACGUUCUGUUUACUCUUGGAGAUGAUUUCAGAUGGGAAGCUGCAGAAAGAUCCUUCAAUCAGCUUGACAAACUGAUUGCUGGUUUCAAAAAAUUCAACCCCAAACUGGAUGAUAAGGAAAUUAAUAUCUUCUACUCAACCCCAUCUUGCUACGCUAAGGCGGUGAAUGAGUUUGCUACUAAAAAAGACAUCAAGCUCGAUGUAAAAACUGAUGACUUCUUGCCGUAUGCCAGUAGUGCCAAUAGAGUAUGGUCCGGUUACUAUACUUCAAGACCAACAUCUAAGCAUUAUGAAAGACUUUCUAACAAUUUGCUUCAAAUCUCUAGACAAUUGAGUGUUCUUGGUGGACUACCUCACGGUACACUGUUUAAUUUGGAAUCAGCAAUGGGUUACAUGCAACAUCAUGAUGCUAUCACAGGUACUGAAAAGACUCAUGUAGAAAAGGAUUACCACAGAACUCUGACUAAAAGUGUCGACGAAGCUAUUGACGCCAACAGUCAGGCACUUACCAACAUUUUGGGAUUAAGUAAUAACAUUGGUUUGAAAACUUGUCCCUUGGCUAACGUUAGUAUAUGUGCGGAAUCAAACAAAGAUGAGUUUCAAGUUUUACUUUACAACCCCCUCGCUAAAACUACCACGCAGUAUGUACAAAUUCCUGUUACUGGAAACAAUUGGGAAGUCACAGAUCCAGAGGGUAACAGCGUUGAAGUUGUUGUGUCAGAACCGAUACGCAAUUUCGAUUAUAUUGCCCAAGCAACUAGAAAUGAAAUUCAUGAAAAUAUUCUCAUUUUCAAAGUUGAUUUGCCUGCUGUUGGUUACAAUGUAUAUAACAUCAAAAGAGGAAAUUCCAUUCAUAAAACUUCGAUUAAAAAGGUUACCCUAAAGGAGGACGCAAAAGUUGGAUUUGACGACAAAUACGUUGUAUUGGAUGGGGAAACUGGCCACGUUAAACAAAUUACCAUUAAUGGAGUCACCGCAGAUAUUGAACAAGAAAUUAAGUAUUACAAAGGUUCUGAUGCCUCUGGUGCCUAUAUAUUUAGACCAGAUUCUUACGAUCGUGAUCAUCAUUCUUUUGGUAAAGCUGAUGUCACUAUUCUAUCAAAUGAUGGAAACGUAGUGAGAGAAAUCAAACAAGUUUGGAAUGAUUGGAUUACACAAAUUGUCAGAAUUUACAAGGACGAAAACUUUGUUGAAUUCGAUUAUGCUGUGGGACCCAUCAACCUUGAUGCGGGUGAUAAUGGAACUGAAGUUGUUUUGACUUACACUUCUAAUAUUGCAAACGAUGGAGUUUUCUACACUGAUUCCAACGGAAGAGAAAUGAUAUACAGAAAGAAGGACUUCAGACCAACUUAUGAUUACUCUAAUGAAGAACCUCAAGCAGGAAAUUAUUAUCCCAUUAACACGCGCAUUGCAAUUGAAGAUGACCAAACUAGAUUAGCAGUUAUUACUGAUAGAUCUCAUGGUGGAGCCAGUCUAAAUGAAGGACAAAUUGAAAUUAUGGUUAACAGAGCACUUUCCCAUGAUGAUGGAUUUGGAGUGGGUGAAGCAUUAAAUGAACAAGAAUUCGACAGAGGUCUAGUGUCAAGAGGGUCCAAUUAUUUAACCAUUGGUGCAUCUAAAUCUAGUGACGAUAAUAAAUCACUUCCAGCAAUUGAAAGAGACAUUGCUCUGAAGAAAACUCUACAGCCGUGGAUUUUCUUCCCAUCUCAAAGUGUUGACACGAAGUCACAAAGCUUUAUUACAUCAGAAUUGCCAGAAAACGUUCAUCUUCUGACGCUUGAUACUUGGGAUGAUAGCAAAUCUCAAAUUCUUAUUCGUUUGGAACAUAUAUUGGAAUGGAAUGAAGACAACAAUCUCUCCAAGGAAGUUACUGUUGACCUUAAUGGCUUGUUCAAACAAUUCACCAUUACAUCUUUGGAAGAAACACUACUAGCUGGUACUGUGUCUUUGUCAGAGUCGGAACGUCUGAAAUGGCCACAAGUUGAAGAAUCUUUCAAAUCUGAAAUUUACAAAAAAGAAACAAGACUUCAAAGAAGAGCUGCCGAUUUAAAUAUUACUCUUGCUCCCAUGCAAAUUAGAACGUUCAUUGCAACGAUUGAAAGGAAUUAAUUUAUAAUUGUAGUAUGUUAUAUUUUUAUUAAUUUAUUAUAAAUGAAAAAUAAAAUUAUUAUAUUUAAUAUAA